AUGCCAUAUCGGCAGCUGGGCACGUUCAGAAUCAUGAUGGGUGGCCAGAAGAGCCCGAUCGCGCCUGGACAGAUCUGGCGGGUGCCAUCACUAGGCUACAUGGCACUCACGAUGAUUCCCACCGCGACCGAUCGGAAGGAGUCGCGAAAUCACCGGAGGCUGGACCAUUCGGUGCCUCAAGCAUCACCGCCCGCCCCGAACCUCCCACCGCUUCCCGCCUCGCCCUCUUCCACCUCGUCCACCACCACUCUACCCUCCACUCCCUCCACGCCUCCCCCUUCCUCCAUCAUGGCUCCGGCAAAGCAAGGCCAGAGCUCCGAGCACCAUGGCGCCGUCUUCUCCGUCUCCGGUCCUGUCGUAGUGGCCGAGCACAUGAUUGGUUGUGCCAUGUACGAGUUGGUGAGUGACAGCUGGAAGCUUCCCCCCUCCGGUAGCACCAGACUGGACUGA